AUGUCCCUCGAUUUCGUCACCCUCGACGUCUUCACGACGACGCCCUACCAGGGCAACCCCCUCGGCGUCGUCCAUCUGCCCCACGACAGGCCCAUCACGCAGGCGCAGAAGCAGGCCAUCGCCCGCGAGUUCAACCUCUCCGAGACCGUCUUCCUCCACGACGUCGACCCGGCCAACGACCCGGACCCCACGACCCGCCGCAUCGACAUCUUCAUGACCAAGGGCGAGCUCCCCUUUGCCGGCCACCCGACCAUCGGCGCCGCCGCCUACCUGCGGUCCCGCGGCGUCACGACCCUCGUCACCAAGGCCGGCCCCAUCCCCAUCACGGCGGGGCCCGAGGCCGGCGUCGUCUAUGCCGCCAUCCCGCACGACGUGCACCUCAACUCGCGCCGGCUGCGGGACCACGACGAGGCGGCGCUGCGGCCCGGCAGCCUCCACGCGACGCCUGCCAUUCGGAGCGCCGAGCUCGCGGCGCCGCUGUUCAGCAUCGUGAACGGCAUGACCUUUUCGCUCAUCAGGCUGCCGGGGCUCGAGGCGCUGGCUCAGGUGAGCCCCGGCCGGUUUUCUGUGGCGGCGGGUGACAUCAUGGACGAGGGGUGGCACGAGACGUUCAUUGGACGGUAUUACCACGUCAUCACUGGCACCGGCGUCGGCGCAGACGGCACACGCACGGUCAGGCUGCGGACGAGGAUGGUCGAGGACGAGAUUGAGGACCCGGCGACGGGGUCGGCGGCAUGUGCGCUGACCAGCUACCUCGCGCUGCACGAGUAUGAGGAGAGGGAGGUCAGGUUUGAGGUGACCCAGGGUGUCGAGAUGGGAAGACGGAGCGAUAUCGGGGUCGUCGUCAAGGUGGCGGUCGGUCGGGACGGGCAAAGGAUGGUGGAGGGCGUGCAGCUGGGCGGUCGCGCCGUCGAGAUCAUGAGGGGAGCGGACCGUCAGUUUCUACAGCUAACCCGUAUCUCCAAGGAUAAUCGCCUCGACCAGACCAAUACCACAAUACAAGCAAUGGCGCCGGCGCCCCAAUCCAAGAAUCUGUGGAGCAUGACGGCCAGUGCAAGCAACACCACCAUCGUGCUGCCACCCCAAGAUGAGGCGCCAACUCCGGACCUGUUCACGAUCACAAUUGGAAUCGUGGGCCUCUUCCUAACUAUUGCCACCAUUACCAUCGCGUGGCGCCAGUAUCUCCAGCAGCGGCACCCUGCGCUCCCCCCGGCUCGCACCACCAUAGCGCUCAAUGAUAUGGCUGGCCAGGUGCCGGCGACGCCCUCAUCGCCUAUCCAGAACGAUACCCGUCGAGUGGAUCACCCCUCUUCCGAGACUAGCCUGCCGACCUUCAAUCGAACGCCCGACGAGCACCAGAGUGAUGACAACGAGUGA